AUGGGCAUCCCCUUCGACUUCGCGCAGGAACGGCCGGAACACAUCGACCAGAUCCUCAACGGUCUGGAUCGGUACAACCCCGAGACCACUGCCGUCUUCCAGGACUAUGUGAUGCAGCAGUGCGAGAGCCAGACCUACGACUGCUACGCCAACCUGGCUCUGCUGAAGCUCUACCAGUUCAACCCCCACCUGGCCCGCGAUGAGACCAUCACCAACAUCCUGGUCAAGUCUCUGACCGUCUUCCAAUCGCCCGACUUCUCGCUCUGCCUGUCGCUGCUGCCGCCGCACAUCCUCGCGCCGCUGUCGAGCACCUCGACCGCGAACCCGGCCGCCGGCGACCCGGCCCUCAGCGAGGCCGUGCAGAAGCUCAGCGUGCUGAGCAACCUGCUGGGCGCCGCCGACUACCAGGGCUUCUGGGCCACGCUCGACAGCGACGACCUGUACGCCGACCUGAUCGCCGACGUGUCGGGCUUCGAGGAGCUGAUGUGCGUCCGCAUCGCCGUCGUCGUCUCCCAGGCCGUGCGCGAGAUCGAGCGCCCCAUCCUCGAGACUUGGUUGAACAAGAAGGGCAAGGAGUUUGAGCACUUCGUCGGCGACGUGUGCGGCUGGACCAUCGACGGUGACAACGUCAAGGUGCCUUUGAACAAGGAGAACGAGGCCAAGGGCACCGUCGUGAGGGAGAACGUCAAGUUCGACCAAUUCUCGAGGUUGAUCAGGCGUGCCUACGAGCAGCCCGCGUAA